GUGGAUGCUAUAUCUGACCAUUUUGAUGAUUCUGGGCCAUCUGACCUUGGAACCAGUGUUUUAAUCAGUCGUGCCACCUUAGUGACAAAGGACGCGGUCUACAUUAAUAAAGAUACUUGCUUCUCACUGUCUAUCAUUCGUGAUGGCUUCGUGCCUUAUCAGGGCGACUGGCUAGAGGUCGAGUAUUGCAUGCAGCCGGGCACCUCAAACAUCAAUACCCUCUCCGUGAAGCCCAUGAACUGUAGGCAUGUGGAUGAGGUCUGCAUUAGCAGCGUACAUGGGCGACAUGGUGUGGUGGCCGACACCAUCUUUUUCACCUUGGAUUCUCUGAAGCUUCCUGCCGGAUAUGUGCCUCAACCAAAUGACAUCGUCGACGUGGACAUAGUAGAGAGCGUUCAGUCCUGCUAUAUUUGGAGAGCAGUUUCUAUGACCCCAAUGCACAUACUGUAA